AUGAGUUUAUUGCAUUCAAAUCAAAACCAUGAUGAAAUUUCACAUUUAUUUGGUAACAAUAUGAAAUUUCGUCUGAAUGGUAUUGAGCAACCUCCGAAAAUUAAAAUAACAAAAGCAUGUAUUUCUCAAAAUCCGAAUUCAAACAUUAAUCUUUUUGUUUUUGGUAAUGUUUCAGAUAGAGAUGAAAGAAACUAUCUAAAUGUCGAAGGAUUAGUUGAUAACAACAAUGGCAUAACUGCCUCCCAAACAAUAAAUGUAAAGUCGAUGGGACCUGUAUUCUUUCUGAAUUUCUCUAUUCCAAAAACUUUUAACACAGGAUAUCACACAAUUUCUGUAAGAGUAGAAGAUUCAAUGUUUUAUGAAGGAACAGAUUCUGGAAGAUUUAAUAUUGAUUAUUGCAAUCCAUCUCUGGCACUUUUGAAGUCGCCGGGAUCUCCUAUUUAUAUUAAUAAGGACGAAAAAAUUCAAUAUAAACUACGAAUUAAAGAUGCUACAGAAAAUGCACAACUCAUAUUCUAUCAUAAAAUUAAUAAAAGUAAUAAGUUUAAUAUUCUCAAUAAAACUCUUUUAGAUUAUAAACCAGUCGAUAUAGAUUAUAAUAUUUCAAUUCCAAGAAAUGCGACACCAGGAAAUUAUGAAAUCAGUAUUUAUGUAGAAAAUCAGCAUAAGAGAGCCUCUUAUCCUCUAAUUAUCAAUGCAACAUUUGCGGAAAAUUCCCCAAUCAAAUUCAAAAAUGCAUUCUAUAAACAACGCAAAUUUGGCAAAUAUCUUGCUGGAUAUCAUCACCAUGAGCUACUUAAGCUAUUGAAAUAA